AUGGCAGAAGAGCCUCAGCCUUUUCCAUGUUCCUCCGCUUCAGGAGAGUCUGAGACCCUUGACCCCGUACAGGACUACCCUGAUGUGGUUCCAGAAGCAGUUCGGGGUCCAUCUUUGAAUUUCUGUGGCCAGCCUGCUCGUUGGAUCGAGGGCACCACUUCUCACAGGAAUGAAAUUGGCAUUGCUACCCGGCUCUCCUUUGAGGCUUUGACUGGUAAGAAAGCUGAGAAGUCCCUGACGGUGAGCAAUGACGGCACAACUGCCAUCUGGUACGACUGGAUGAGGCUUCCCCUGCAGAUUCCCUCCAGACAAACGGAGAGGAUAAGGAUGCCGUGUUUUUACUUUGAUAUCAGAUCAGGUGUAAUUUUGCCUGGAGAAACUAGGAAGUUUUCCGUUAUUUUCAAGUCAGAGAGAACAGGCAUUUUCAGUGAAUCCUGGGAAUUUAGGACACAUCCUCUGUUAUUAGGAGGAGCUCUGCUGCAGGUGACCUUUUGGGGAAUGGCUGUGUACGAGGAUAAAUUGGCUGACGUCAGAAAGAAACUGGAGAUGGACCUGGCUGCUAAAGAACGUGUUGCUGUAGUAGAGGAUAUUCUGAAGAAACACCUGGAAGAACUUCGGGUCCCAGAGUGCACCCCGUCUCCCAUGGGUGCCCCUAUCACAGAGGAAGAGUUGUUCCAGAAGAAGAAUCCUGGGUUCUUUUAUCAGCAUGGAGUGGUAAAGCAGCUGCAUGACCUAUGGAGACAGCACAUGACUGUUCCUUCAGCCUUUGAGGAGAAAGUGCCCUCGGGCCUGAAGAGCACUGCAGAGGACACCCAGUGCCAGGAGAGUGCCUCAGAGGCUCUCUCUGCUCAGAGCAGCACCACAGAGGUCCCAGGUCGGAAGAACACACUAGAGGAGGCUCCAAGUCAAACAGUGAUUGUGAAGGAGGAAGACCUAGGCCCCUCAGGAUGGAACCUUUCCUUGGUGGACUUUAAGCAGGUGAUCCCCCCUGCUAUAAAGUCGAUCCCCAGGGAGGAGCAGCGAGAAGAAGCACUGGCCCAGCUCAAUAAGGCAGCGCUGGAGCUGCUUGUUGAACCGAGGCCAACUCAGUCAGACCAUUCAACCCUUUCCUAUCGCAUCUGUCUCCAGCUGUGGCGUGAAACAAUUGAUAAUAUGGUGAGUCACUCCAUGAGGCUGAGAUCCCUGCUCGGCUUGCCUGAGAAUAACACCUAUGCAGAUGAUGUUCCAGAGGAAACAGGGGAAGUAACGCAGCCGAUAAAAGAAGGAAAAGGAGACAGAAUCACCAUUAGGAAAGAAGAGAGGUCAUCGAGUGUUAAGGAUGAAGAAGGUGAAAAAAGAACAACAGAGACAGCAGGGAAAGAAAAAGAGGAACAUCCAAGCAGCAGAAAGGUAAAAGAUGAGAAAAAGCUGAAAUCUUCCACUUCAUUGCAGGAGGUGGAAGAGGGAGCAGAGGCUGUGGAAGCUGUAACUACAGAUAGAGCAGGAUCUCCUGAGGAGCAGGUGGACCCUGUUUUGUUUCGGCAAUACCAGGAAAAACUUUAUAUUGGAGUUUAUGGGCUGCUGAAAUCCAUGGUGAACAGAAUGGUUGUUUUGUUUGAGGACCUCAAGGAAUAAGGUGCUCUUAAGUGGGAGAGUGAAGCCCUUU